AUGGAGACGAAGAACACACUACCGUAUCUGUCUCAUGAAUUGAUCAUCCAAAUCCUGUUGAGAUUACCGGUGAAGUCUCUUAUACGUUUCAAAUGCGUUUGUAAGUCAUGGCUUUCUCUUAUCUCAGAUCCCCAUUUUACAAAUUCACAUUUUCAAACUACCGCCGAAACCCACUCUCGUAGAAUCAUGUUCAUAUCAUAUUCACCUCCUCUUCAAACUCGAUUUAUAGAUUAUGAACCGUCAAUUCACCAACAUACUGCUUCUGCUUCACUCAACCUUAAUUUUACGCCUUUUGAAUCUUAUCCUCAUAUUCAAAUUAUUGGUUCAUGUAGAGGCUUUAUACUUUUCGACUGUUACUGUAAACAGAUACAUGAUUAUAUUAUCUACAUAUGGAAUCCAUCCACUGGAUUUCACAAAAAAUUACCUUUGUCUCCUUUUAGUUUUAGUUACGAUUCAUAUGCACAAAAUUUCUCUGGUUUUGGGUAUGACCGGUUAACAGAUGAUUACUUGCUGGUUUCGUUGUGCCUUGAUCAAAACAUGCCUAAUAUUUCACCACACUUGGUGUUUUUCUCAUUCAGAGAUAAUACGUGGAAAGAAAUUAAGGGUACUCACUUCCCUUAUGAGAAUUUCUCUUACGUUGAUCCCCAAGUAGGGUCACUCUAUAAUGAGGCUAUUCAUUGGUUGGCUUUUCAUCAUGAUUUACAAACGUAUGUUAUCGUUGCUUUUGAUUUAAUGGAAAGGAAACUUUUAGAUAUGCAUUUGCCUGUUAAUUUUGACCGCGAAAUUCACAAUUGUGGUUUGUGGGUAUUUGGGGAAUUUCUCAGUCUAUGGGCUAUGGAUAUUGAUAAUGAUACAGUUGAAAUAUGGGUGAUGAAAGAAUACAAAAUGCAUUCAUCUUGGACUAAGACUCUUGUUCUUCCUACUAAUGGCCUUCCCGUUAAGUACUUUAUCCCUUUAUGCACUGCAAAAAGUGGUGAUAUUAUUGGAACGGAUGGUGGUACUGGAUGGGCGAAGUAUAAUGACAAAGGACACUUGCUAGAUCACUCCGAUUACAACGAUUCACAUGGAUUCCAAGCGGAGAUGUAUAUAGAGUCUCUGCUUUCACUCCCUGCUGACAAUGAACAAGCUUAAGAAGAUGACACAAACAAGAAGAAGAACGAGGUUGUCAAAUAUUCUCCUUAACCAUUUUCUUGAUGUUUAUAGUUAUAUUUUAUGUACUCUUGGGUGACUGCAUUUUUAGGGUAAUAUAUGUUUUAUUGCAUUUGUGACAUGAGGUAUGCCAUGAGUCGAUCCAAUAUCCAAUAUGUUAUGAAAUGUAUUAUGUCUAUUGGUUAACUAUUUGUAAUAUGCGUAUUGGAAAUAUUGACAACUUUGUGUGAUUCA